AAUGGAACUGUGAAAUUAUACUAAACUGAAGAGAAAACAACUGGAUCCCAGCUCAGUUACGUUUGGAGGCUGUCACUCCAAAACUACAAGUCCCAGAAUGCAUCUCAUGAGUACAAGCAUGUCACGUUUAUACAAGCUCAGUAUGGCAGCAGGAACCUGCAUUCUGAAGGUUCCUAGCUAAAUUAACCAAGGUAGAGCAAAAGGCUCCUCCCCCAAGAAAUCAAGCUCUGGGAUUGGAGUUUGGGCUCAGCCUCCGGAUGGAGCCGGAAUUUACCUUUGUACUCCAGGCAGGCGUGGGUUGGUGGUGCCUGGCUGGGUGUGUCCAGAACUGGCUGCCUUCCUGACACGUCUCAGAGCUGCUAGCAGGUUCUAUGAACAGCCAUCAUGGCCUCUGGGCUGGCAGAAGAGUCUGAACCAAGUCCUGGGGAGUCUGAACUGGCUGUGAACCCCUUUGAUGGGCUCCCCUUCUCUUCUUGCUACUAUGAGCUGCUUGAGCAGCGUAGAGCCUUGCCCAUCUGGGCUGCUCGUUUCCUGUUCUUGGAGCAUUUGGAAAGUAGCCCCACUGGAGUGGUGCUGGUAUCUGGGGAGCCCGGCUCUGGCAAGAGCACCCAGAUUCCUCAAUGGUGUGCAGAGUUUGCGCUGGCCAGAGGAUUCCAGACAGGACAGGUUACAGUCACUCAGCCCUACCCUCUGGCAGCCAUGAGCCUGGCUUCAAGGGUGGCUGAUGAGAUGGACCUGACUCUGGGUCAUGAGAUUGGCUACAGCAUCCCUCAGGAAGACUGCACUGGGCCCAACACCAUGCUCAGGUUUUGCUGGGACAGGCUAUUUCUACAGGAAGUAGCCUCAACCCGGGGCCCUGGAGCCUGGAGUGUGCUGGUACUGGAUGAGGCUCAGGAGCGGUCAGUGGCCUCAGAUUUACUACAGGGGCUCCUGCGAGAUACCAGACUGAGAAACCUUCCGGGGGAUCCCAGAGUGGUUAUAGUUACUGACUCGGCGCUUGAACCAAAAUUCCAAGCCUUCUGGGGCAAUUCUCCUACUGUGCAUGUACCCAGGGAGCCUGGUGAAAAUCCCACCCUUACCUACAAGGACACUGUCCCUGCUGACCUCGUGGAAGCUGCCUGCCAAGCUGUGCUUGAGCUGUGUCAGCGGGAAGAGGCACCAGGAGAUGUGCUGGUGUAUCUGCCCAGUGAGGAGGAAAUCUCUCUGUGCUGUGAAUCCUUGUCCAGGGAGAUGGGGAUGUUGGCUGUCCCAGGGCCUCCUCCGAGGGUGCUACCCCUUCACCCUGGCUGUGGUCAAGCCAUCCAGACUGUGUAUGAAGACACAGAUGUGAGUGUCAGAAAGAUUGUGGUCACUCAUUGGCUGGCAGAUUUCUCCUUCUCCCUCCCUUCCAUCCAACAUGUCAUUGACUCGGGACUGGAACUUCGCAGUGUUUACAAUCCUCGGAUCCGGGCAGAAUCCCAGGUGUUGAGACGAAUUAGCAAGUGUCAGGCAGAGGCAAGGCUGCUGCGGGCCAGAGGGUUCCCAUCAGGAACCUGCCUCCGCCUGUACUCUAAGUCUACCCUAGACCUAGAGGCUCCCCCACUGCCUCAUCCCAAAGUGUGCGAAGAGAAUCUGAGCUCCCUGGUAUUGCUACUAAAGAGGAAACAGAUUGCAGAGCCAGGGGAGUGCCACUUCCUGGACCGGCCUGCACCAGACGCACUGAUGCAGGCCCUGGAAGACUUAGACUAUCUGGCUGCUCUGGAUGAUGAUGGGGACCUGUCAGACCUCGGAAUCAUCCUCUCGGAGUUUCCCCUGCCCCCGGAGCUGGCCAAAGCCCUGCUGGCCUCCUGCGAGUUUAACUGUGUGGAUGAGAUGCUCACUCUCGCGGCCAUGCUCACUGCCGCUCCUGGGUUUACCCGUCCUCCGCUGUGUGCAGGAGAAGCUGCCUUGCGUCGGGGUCUGGAACACGCAGAUGGCGAUCACAGCUCUCUGAUCCAGGUCUAUGAAGCCUUUGUUCAAAGUGGAGCAGAUGAAACUUGGUGUCAGGCCCGGGGUCUAAGCUGGGAGGCGUUAUGUCAAGCCCGCAAACUCCGAGCAGAGCUCCUGGAACUCAUGCAACGGAUUGAGCUUCCCCUGUCCUUGCCGGCCUUCGGCUCCGAGCAGAAUCGCAGAGACCUUCAGAAAGCGCUGCUGUCAGGAUACUUCCUCAAGGUGGCCCGGGACACCGAUGGGACAGGAAAUUACUUGCUUCUCACCCAUAAACAUGUGGCCCAGCUGUCACCAUACUGCGUCUACCGUAACCGCAGGACUCCAGCCCAGCCACCCACAUGGGUGCUAUACCACCGCUUCUCCAUCUCUAAAGACAACUGCCUUUGUAUAGUCUCUGAGAUUCAGCCUGAGAUGCUGGUGGAGCUUGCCCCUCCAUACUUCCUGAGUAACCUGCCCCCCAGUGAGAGCAGAGACCUCCUGAACCAGCUGAGAGAAGGAACAGAGCCAUCAGCGGCAGUGACUGAAACUGCUUCUCCUCAGAAAUACGGAGAUGGCUGUGUUCUGCAGUGAGCUGUCUAAGGAACCUCACCACACGGUGGACUUAGAGACCCAGAGUGUAGGGUCAGACACACUCUGGGACGCCAGAAAUGUUAGGAGGGGAGGGGACAGAGAGCCACAGUUCAGAACAAGGCAGGCCUUUCCUUCUCUGUCCAUGGGCCAGGGGGCAAAUGCUGCUUACUCCACCCGCGACUUACCCCACACAACAUUGUCUCCUUGGGGGCUGGAGAGAUGACUCAGGGAUUAAGAGCACUCACUGUCUGCUCUUCCAGAGGUCGUGAGUUCAAUUCCUAGCAACCACAUGGUGGCUCAUGACCAUCUGUAAUUGGAUCUAGUGCUCUCUUCUGGUGUGUCAGGGACAGUGUAUUCAUACUCAUUAAAUACAUAAAUAAAUCUUUAAAAAAA